AGUUCUUCGCCUUCAUCACGACAAGAAACAGCUGUUUGCGGCAUGCUGUUACGUCUUCUCUCCAAUUACAAAAGUUUUGUUAUUUAAGCGCAAUUGAAUUAAAAACAAAUACAAAAUGUCAAACAGCCAUUUGUUCUUAAAGUCUGGCUUUCCCCGGGCUCCCCUGCAAAAUGGCUUGGGGCGCUACGUCUGCCAGCUGCAGCGAAUCACACUGAAGUUCUGUAAAAACAAUGGUUCGAGCAGGGGCAUGCGUGACUUUAUUGAGAACCAUUUAGUGGACUUUGCCAAGGAAAAUCCUGGAAUUGUGGUCUAUGUAAAGCCCAGACGCCAUCGUACCCCUGUGUUGGUGGGAGAGUAUUUAAACGGCGAUCGGGAAUGGCUGAACUGCAGAAACAACACCCAGGAAGAGAUCUCCAAGUGGAUAGAUCUGCUUAAGACCCAAAACGGCAGCUCCAGCUCCCUGCGUCUGCGUAAAAUGUGGCACACGGAUGUGCCCUCCAUCCAGGGUCCAUGGACACCCUUCCUGUUGCGUUCACCGGAGACCCAAGGUCAGGUUUAUCCCAAUACGGAGGCAUCCAAGCCACUGGAGACCCCACAAUCCGCCACUGAGAAGCUUAUCGAGCUCUUCCGCCAACAGCAGCUGGAAGCUGGCGAGGAAGCCCAUGAUUUGCUGAGCAAAAAGCGGGCUGAGUGAAAGAGAUUGGUAGGAGUUAAGGGUGUUUUCGGUAAUUGUUGCUGUUUAUUUUAUCAACAAAUAAAUAUUUAAAAUCUAAA